UCCUAAUAGCAAAAUUGGGGCACAUUCAUGCCAUCACUAUAAUGUGGUAUUCAUUACCAUGGUUAGCUGUUAGCUGCAGCAGCUAGACUCUGUUGCAUGUUUUGAUCCAGACAUUGCAGAACAAACUGGUACAAAAUGAUGGACUUCUUGUUUUUAGCAAGAUCUCUGUAGUGAAACUGAUGUCAUGUUGCUUGGGUGUAACAACUAUCCCUUAGGGAUGUUUGCAGUCUUUUUGUGAUAUCCAGAAAUUACCAUUGCCAUGGUUAUUUGGACAUGUGGUGGGUUCCCUACUCGGUAUUUAUACUGAUCUGUACCCGGUGGGUGAAAAAUGGAUGUGAUGCCAUCAGUUCCACCCAAAAUGGGAUGUAUGAAGACAAAAUAUCCAGUAGUUCUCCAUCCUCAGCAGCAAAAAGGGAUUUUGAGGCCUCCGGUGACUUUACCAACCACCCCCAUGAUGGCUCUAAGGAAUCAGACCCCUGGUCGCAUCGUGUUGGGACAGCAGCAAGUUCAGCUUAAAGAGCUGCAACCAGUUCCACUGAGACCAGAGGUGGCUCUUGUUCCUAAACACGUGUCUGCUGUUGCUUUGACACAGGCACAGAAGAAUAAGCUAAAAGAGGCGGGUGGCACUUUCAAGGAUGAUGACGACAUCAACGACGUGGCCUCCAUGGCGGGAGUAAACCUAUCAGAGGAGAGUGCUAAUAUCCUGGCUUCUAACUCUGGACUUGUUGGUGCUGUGACACAUUCCUGUAAGGAUGAGGCUUUUCUCUCCUGUGCCACACUGCAGAGGAGGAUGCUAGAGAUAGGUAUGAGAUAUGGAGUAACAGAGCUGGGAGCAGAGGUGGUAAAUUACAUCUCCCACGCUACUCAGCAGCGACUCCUGAACUUACUUGAAAAGGUCUCUAUAGUAGCCCAGCAGAGAAACGUCAACUUCAAGGAGGACGAGCGCUAUGAGCAGAGCAGUGAUGUUCGAGCCCAGCUGAAGUUCUUGGAGCAGCUGGACCAACUGGAGAAGCAGAGAAAGGAGGAGCAGGAGAGGGAGAUCCUGCUGAAGGCAGCUAAGUCUCGCGCUCGGCAAGAGGAUCCAGAGCAGCUGCGUCUGAAAUUGAAAGCGAAAGAGAUGCAGAUGCAGGAGCUGGCUCAGAUGAGACAGAGAGAAGCCAACCUCACCGCCUUGGCAGCCAUCGGGCCCAGGAAAAAGAGAAAGAAUCUGGACUCUCCAUCCUCAUCUGCUUCAGCUGAGGGCUCCGGAACAGGCUCUUCUCUGACUGGUGCCGCCGGUUCAUCAGGCUCCAGACCCACACGGCAGCGCAUCACACGUGUCAAUCUCAGGGACCUGCUGUUCUGCAUGGAGAAUGAGAGAUGUACCAGUCACUCUCAUUUCCUCUACAAGGGCUUUCUCAAAUAGGCUUGAUGUUGGAAAAAGGAGGACAAGAGGGGAAGAGAAAUGCUUGGAGAGACCAAACUCCCACUUGAAAAGAUUACUUUUAGUAAAGAAGAGGAGAUAAUGCUUUUAAAGGUUCUUUAGAUCCACCUGCUUUUAUGAAAUACAGUCAUAGCCAUACUGGAAGGCCUCUCUACCUCCCUCCUCAAGUAAUGCCUCUUUUCCUUUAGUCGUUGAUUAACACCCCUUUAUUUACCAUAACUAAACCUUUUUCAAAGUAGGUGCAAAAAUCAAAUAUGUUUUAUGAAGGUUUUAUUCUGUGUGAAAAAAGAUAAUGUACACAUGUGCACUGUAUUAUAGUUUGGUUUAUUUUCUUAUCUGUAUGCAAAUGCUAGAGUUGGAAGCUAUGAAAAUCACUGUUUUAUUAGACAACCUUUGAGUUUUUCUUGGAUGAUCUUGUUCUAGUUUUUCUUGUUGAUUCACUUUGAACUGUGUAACCUGCUGAGCUGCCUUCCUAUCUAUGAAUAAGCCAUACUUUCCUCUCAUAAUUAACCCUGCUGUAAGUCAUGAGGCCACACUUCCCUCUCUGUCAUCUACCAUUAGCUUGCAGCAUAUUUAAAUUUGUCAUAUUUAUUUACUAAAAUCCAAAUUAAAUUAAUUUUUAGCUAUUUAUUUAUUGUGUGACACCUCAAGUGUGUCAUUUUGCUAAAAGCUAAUAGAAAAUGCAUUUUACUCACAGUAGGACAUCUUUGAGAUGGCUCUAUAGAUUUUGAUGGCUUAGAAGUAGAACUUUGUUUUAAUCUAUCCUUUAAAAAAAUAUUUUAAUAUACUGAUUUUUAAAACUUUUUUUUUUUUGGCUUUUAACCUCUAUUGCUAUACCAAAAUUGCAUCUUUAUAAGACUCUAUUUUUAUAGCCUCCCAAAAUACAUUUUUACUUCUCUAAUGGUGACUGACAGCAAUGAUGUCUUUGUUAUGCUACUGAAAAGCCCUUUAGGUCUAUAAUGUGUUUGAUUUAAGAAACUGGAGUUUAUUCCUGUGUAUUUGUAAAUGUUUCAUCUAAAGUUUUACACAGUUUUGUAUAGAAUUGAAGUUUUAUGCUUACUGCAUUUAGAAAAUCUAAAGUUCUCUAU